UGGCCUCGCCUGCCCCGCCUUAGCUUCCGCGCUAGAGAGAAACAUGUAUCGUUUCCGAUCACAGCUCUUCACGGGGAUUUCUGCUGCCGCCACCGCCCACUCUUACCCGCGCCGCUUCUCGCCUCUGUUGUUAGUCGAAAACUCGCCUCUCAGCCGCCCGCCGCACAGACGCACGAGUAAAAAGUGCAGCUCCAUCGGCUGA